AUGAAGGGCAAAAAAUUAGUAAGUUUCAAGAGAUCAAGAUGCCAGUUAGACAAAAACAAGUUAAACCAUUCUCAGAAAACUCAGAGUAACUCAUUUAUUCAUGACUUAAACAAAAGUUUGAACAAUUUGAUCAAUAUGGAUGAUAAAACUCUUAAAGGACCUCUGAAGUUUGAUAAAUAAAUGCUUACCAAUUAUCAUCAACAGACGUAAGUUUAACUGUGAAUUUCUAGUUGAGAAGAAUAAUGAUCUAACUAAGCAACUGAAUCAGAGCCAAAAGAGCAGAAGACUCUUCUCUGAUCGCAUGAAGCAGAGCCUUCGAAGGAAGUUUAGAGAUAAAAUGAAGGAGAAUAAAGCUUCUAAUAAUAAAAAGAUUAAUAACUCCUUAGGCUCAUUGGCAAAGAAGGAAAGAGUAUUUACCCAAUGUAAUGCACCUAAUAAUAAAUCUCCAAUGAUGAUGUACCCAAGUCUUGCAAAGAAUUUCCAAAGUUUUUCAAAGAAUCAAUGUGUAAAUACCAAUAAAGAAGGGCAGAAUAACUUACAAGGAGAAUACUCCGAGGUUAAUUUUGGCCUGCAAGACAUCAUUGGGAGAAGGAAUGACAGUAGAGAUGGUAUUAGAAGGACUAUACAAGACUUUAUCUCUCACACAAGGAGUUCAAAGCAGGAUGCCUGCUCAAAAAUCAACCUGAAAAGCUUUUAUUUGGGAAAAUACCAGAACCCGCAUUUAGAUAAUAACCGUACCACUAGUUAUGAAAGUAUUAAUGUGAAGGAAUCGAAGAAUUCAAAGUUCAAAGGAUUUCAGAAAUUUUAUCAAAACAUUAAGAAAUAUAGCACGCUUUGUGAAGAACCACUAGUUUCUGGUUGCUGUUCCCCCAAUUCUGAAAACCUGAGCAUGGAGAAUAGCAGCAGUAAUAUGGCUAGGUUCCUACCAAAGGAUAGCCAUGAAGACCUUGAUAAGCUUAAUUUUGAAAUGGCCACGAAAGUCAAGUUGAUCUCUCGGAAGGAUAUCUUAAGAAAAUCUGAUAAAUCUCAGAGCAUGGAUAUGCAGAAUCGAAAAUACAGAAGAUCUAUCAGAAAGCUUAAGAAUAGCAGAGAAAGAGAAGUUAUCAGAUACCACAAGCAUAAAAAGACAGGAAGUAAUUUCUUUAUCGAUACUGAAGAUCCUAACCUUAUCAGUCAUGGAAAAGUGACUCCUGCUCAAAGCACUCCUACUAACAAAUUCCAAGAGAUGAUGCCUGUGUAUCCUUCGAGAGAAGUUACUAUCAAAACUGAUGGAGAGAGAAAGGUCAAAAAUAUUAGGAAAAGUCUAAACUUAGACAGAAGCUUUAACCCCAAGCUAAACAGUGAUUAUGGAUUAGUCUUAAACACUAAAUACGGAUUGUCAAAUCCAAGGUUUGGUACAAAUAAUGAGCCAGAUUCAUCUCUCAACGACAGUCCACUGAAGAGAUGGAAAAAUCAUGCAAAAAGUGGGAGCCAGGGUCGGAUUCAACUUCUCAGCAAUAUUUUCCCCUCAUAAAGAUUUUUCAAGCCUGCA